AUGUACAACAACAGUCAACUCAUCCCGAAAUAUUUUCUGCUGACUGGUCUCCCUGGUUUGGAGGCUCAGUAUCCUUGGUUUAUUUUUCCAUUCUGCUCUAUAUAUGUUGUGGCCCUUGUGGGCAAUGGCCUGAUCCUAGCAGUGAUCAAGAAGAACAUGUCCCUACACCAGCCAAUGUACCUCUUCUUAGCCAUGUUGGCUUUGGCAGAGCUGGGUGUCUCUGCUUCCACUCUGCCCACCGUGCUUGGCAUCUUUCUUUUUGGUGCCAACCAGAUUGGCUCCGAUGCCUGUCUCUUACAAAUGUUCUCCAUACACUCGUUCUCCAUUAUGGAGUCAGGGGUUCUGCUCGCCAUGUCUGUGGACCGAUUUGUGGCCAUCUACAACCCCCUGCGUUACACGGCCAUCCUCACCCUGCCCCGGAUCAUGGGCACAGGCAUGGCACUGGGGAUGAAGAGCGUGAUGCUCAUGCUUCCUCUGCCCUUUCUCCUGAGGCGUCUGUCCUUCUGUGGACACAACACACUUUCCCACUCUUACUGUCUUCACUCGGAUCUAAUCCAGUUGCCAUGUGAGGACACUCGACCCAAUAGCAUUCUUGGGCUCUGCAUUGUAACAUCCACGUUCGGGCUGGACUCCUUACUCAUUGUCAUCUCUUAUGGGCUGAUCCUCUACACGGUCCUGGGCAUCACCUCCGGGGAGGGCCGACGGAAGGCCCUGAACACAUGUGUGUCACACAUCUGUGCGGUGCUUGUGUACUAUGUGCCCAUGAUCAGUGUGGCUCUGGUGCACCGCUUCAUGAAGCAUGCUGCCCCUGCUGUCCGUCUACUCCUUGCCAAUGUCUACCUGCUGGUGCCACCUGUGCUGAAUCCCAUCAUCUACAGUGUGAAAACCAAGCCAAUUCGCCAGGGCCUGAUCCAGCUUUUCCUUCAAAGAAAACAGUAAAGGGCAAAAAAAAAAAAAAAAGAAGAAGACAGACACCCUCAAGCCAGCCAGUUACAUCGACAAAGUGGUCCAGAAAGGGUGUGUUCCCCCUCACAUUGUCAAAGUUAGAAAUGUCUCAUGGCAAUGAAUAUGUAGAGAAUACCCAUGAUCACAUAUUAUAUUUUUUCAUCUAAAUCAGAGUAGUAUAAUAUUUUGUCAGCUAUU